AUGGCCGAAGAGUUCGACAAUGUCGACUUCCUAUCACAAGAGGCAGCGGUUGAGCGAUCAUCUGGCCCGCAACGAACAGCAAGCCCAGCUACUGCCAACGCACCCGCAAAAGUGGUUCAGCCAAAGCCUCAAGCACUGCCUGGAAGACAGGGACCAUCGGCAAUCCUUGUAUCAACUCGACAAAAGGGCAAUCCUAUUCUGAAACAUGUUACACAGCUCCCGUGGGAAUAUUCUGACAUACCAUGCGACUACGUGCUCGGUGCAACAACAUGCGCGCUGUUCCUGUCUCUCAAAUACCAUCGCUUGCAUCCAGAAUACAUCUAUAGCCGCAUCCGCCAGCUGGGAAAGCUUUACAACCUCCGAAUCCUGUUGACCAUGGUGGACAUCACGAAUCACGAAGAGGCUCUGAAGGAGCUAUCCAAGACCUCGAUGAUCAACAAUCUGACGUUGAUCCUGUGCUGGUCCUCCCAAGAGGCGGGCCGCUAUCUAGAACUCUUCAAAUCAUAUGAGCACGCCUCCUCUGCAUCAAUUCGAGCGCACCAAGCAGAGACUUACCAGGAGAGCCUCACUGAGUUCGUUACGACGCCACGAAAUAUCAACAAGACCGACGCUGCCAGUCUGAUCAUGAACUUUGGGUCUCUUCGAGCAGCUGUGAAUGCGGAACCAGAAGAACUGGCUCUGGUGCCAGGAUGGGGUGAGAAGAAAGUCAAAGCUUGGUAUUCUACUGUCCGGGAACCAUUCCGCGUCAGAAGAGCCGCCAAAUCCAAUGCAGCACUGCUGAGGCAAGAGACCUCGUUGUUCUCUGAAGAUGCAAGCACUCCGGAGUCAAGGCCAGGAAGCGGACACACGCCUAUUCCCAUUGGCAGUGUACCCAGCCUUAGCAGGCAGGGAUCAGCUGCUGUUGCGAUACAGAAUACAGCUGAGGCGGGCCCCAGCCACAAGCGUCCUCGGUUGGAAGAAGUUACCAUGGACGAUUUGGACGAGGAGGAAGAAGCUGCGCUCCUUGCCCUUGCUGAUGUUGAAGCGGCAAAAGCAGAGGCACAAGCCUCACGACCGCCCCAGCCACAGAGUCGCAAAGAACCUGAGUUGAGCGCAGGUGUUGCGGCGGCACUAGCAAAGCUACGACAAAAUGGUUGA